AUUGUCUAAUAAUCAAAUCACUUCUAAAUGUGUUGGGAUUUCUGGCUCAUGGAAUUAUGUACAACUUGUCUAUGAUCAACUAAACCUGGAAAUGGACAUUUUUAAUGUUGUUUUCUUAUCACUUUUUUUAACAGGUUAUUUUCAACAGGCUUUUUCGGCAGAUUGUGGAACAAGUACGCUGGGAUAUGGAACGACGACCACCGCGCAAACACCAUCUAAUGUAGCAGCAAAGACAAUAUUUAUCCAGGAUGGAUACUACCAAUUUGGUUGUUGUGGUGUGGUGAAGAAAUGGACCUUUGUGGUUAAAAGUGCCGGGACGAUCAAAUUCCAGGUCUGGCGCUACAGUACAACCUACACCGUGGUGGGAGAAAACACGUUCACGGUCCCGUCUGGAGCGGUGAAUGAAGUGAUAGAGUUUGAGGUCCCGAAUUCAGAGAGGAUCACGGUGAAGAACAGCGACUACUUUGGGUGGCAAGGAGAUUACAUUGCGUACAGCGACAGUAACAACCUCUACCCAGACAGUAUUAAGAUCCGGGGCGGCGUGUAUAAUGUAGGAGACACGUUUAAUUUUCAGGGUGUCGGUGUCACAUCCAACAACAGGGCGUACGCCGUCACGGCCACGACGGAAAACAGUGAAAGUCCAUACUUCUUCAACCUUGCACAGACGGUACAUAUUUAUGACCACGUGGCUUCCGGUACAACGAUCUUCACAGUGUCCGCUAACGAUGACGACUACGAUUACGCGGGUGUUACAUUAUCACUCCCGACGUCAUCUUCCUACUUCACCAUUACCGGAACGACUGUACAAACGUCUGCGUCCAUCAGCAGUUUGACCGGCUCUACACAGGCCCUCUCUAUCAAGGCGGAGGACUCGUGUGGCAAAAGUACCACCUCAACACUUAGUAUCGUUAUCAAAAAUCAGGUACCAGUGAUAACAUCGCUACCAACAUCGUACGAAGUACAAGAAACUCACACAGCCUCCACACUUAUACACACCCUGGGGGUAACUGACGGAGAAACCAUUAGUUGUACAGUGGCCAGUACUUCUCCCUCCGGGGGACCCUUUACCGCCAAAGAAAUCACGGCAGGAACAGGAACUUAUGGUGUCUACAUCAACGCCAAUCCAAUGUUUGAUUACGACACAACGAAACGUUAUGACGUCAACAUUCGCUGUAGCGAUAGCAAGGCAUACGACGAAGAACAGCUGAUUAUAAUCAUAAAAAAGAACGCCAUACCCGACUUCACCAACCUACCAAGACACGUCGAGAAAGACCAACAGUCCACGUCCAACAAUGUCGUCCUUGACACAGUUUCGGUGACCGACACGGAUGGUUUGACGUUUACCUACACAUGUGAUCCCGCCUCAUGUCCAAUUGAUAUAGCCAGCAAUGGGAGAAUUACAUCCACCUCGGCCUUAUCCACUGUUUUUACCCCUGGGUAUGACGUCACGAUUGCAGCGAAUGAUGGUCAUACCAUUGUUGGUGGGAAAUUGUGGAGCAUCCAUAUUAAAGAUAUAAACGACAAGCCUCAAUUCAGCAAUGUUCAUGGCAGUUUGGGAGUGUUUGGAGUGGAAGAAAAUAGUCCUGUCAGUACCACUGUGUAUGUAUUGAGCGCUACAGACAUCGACGCAUCCGACACACUCUCGUAUUCUUGGAGCAGUGCGCCGACCAGUGGACUAUCGUAUUUCACACUGGUGGCUGGUACUGGAGUGAUAAAGACAUCGACCGCCCUGGAUUAUGAUACCAUGGCUUCCAGUAGCUUUAAGUUUACCGUUCACGUGACAGACAGCAAAGACACCGCGACCGCCACAUUGACAAUCAACGUCAUCAACAUCAACGAAGCACCAAGCUUUGGUCAUACGUCAUACAGUGUCAAUGGUGACGAAGGCACGGCUGGUACAGAACUUUCUGCACCAGGCUUCGUGGUGACUGACCCAGACAGCGCGGAUACUAAAUUCUACACCAUGGAUUGCAGUGGGUACAACACUGGAUUCUUUGAAAUGGAUUCAUCCAACGGUAAAGUCUAUUUAGGACGUGACUUUGACCGCGAUGUCGGACAUCCAGAAACUACUAACUGUAAGGUUACAGUUCGAGAUGCGGGCGGACUAACGGCUACCACCAGCUUGACCAUCACAAUUGCUGACAUAAACGACAACACGCCGACCUUCGAAUCAUCAGUGUUCACGUUUUACCUUGACCCUUAUGACCCCGUCGGUACCCACGUUGGCAACGUGUCCUUGACAGCGACAGACAACGAUAUCACCGCUUCACUUAGCAGCGUGGUUUACACUGUAGACAUGACGGCAUUUGGUGAUGCUUAUUUUGCUGUGGAUGCCGAUGGGAAUAUAACUGUGAAUAAAGAUUUAUCACCUCAGUUCUCUUCCAUGGAAAUCAUUGAUUUUAAACUGAUAGCUAGGGACCUGGGAGGUUUGGCCGCAACCGCAACGGUAUCAAUCAUAUUUCCGGAGACGACAACAACUUCCACCACUACCACAGAACGCCCCUACGACUAUUGGGAGGAUCCUUUCAAUGUCGUCUGGAUGGAGUUCGGGUUCGCUGCACUAGCAGCCAUGUUUGUCUUCACUGCCGUUAUGUCCGUUUUGUACUGCCCGAGGGGUUCCAGCAGGGAUGCUCUGGGCAGUGAUUCAUCACUAGGAGAAAUUAACGAUCAUGAAGAAUCCCACCUGAUAAAGAAACAACAAAAGUCGAAACUAAUUUCCAUUAAUCAUUUAUUGAGUGCAUUGGAUACUAAGUCGUCAGACCAAGUAAUGGAAAACGGAAAAACUACGGAAGAAAAAAAGACAGGAAAGAAAUCUAAUAAGGAAAAGAAUGGAGUAGAAGACAGGAAGAAAACAAACGACAAAAAGAGAAUUUAAGACGAAAAGGGAAACAGGAAUGAGGCUGAACCGUAAAAAAGGAAAUGGUUUUAAUAAAUAAUAAUUGUGAA